CGGCGCCUCCGCGAUCCCCGGGCCGCGCCGGGGGGAGGCGGCGGCGGCGGCGGCGGAUCCGGGCCCGGCGGAGGCGGAAGGGGCGGGCGGACGUGGCCCUGACUCUGCGGGACGCGCGAUGCUGGUUAUCCUCCUGGGAAACAUCACUUUUUGUGUGUAAAGAAUAUCUUGCUGAGUUGCUGCAACUGAGUUUAGAAUGUUACUUGACUUGUGAUUCUGAUGGAGGAAUAACAAGAGCUCAGGCUGCUGCACUGGAAGACUUUACAGGAAAUACAAAAUGUCAUCGAAUAGGAGUCAGAACCCGCAUGGACUUAAACAGAUUGGUCUUGACCAGAUAUGGGAUGACCUAAGAGCUGGAAUUCAACAGGUUUACACCAGACAAAGUAUGGCGAAAUCCAGAUACAUGGAACUCUACACUCAUGUUUAUAACUACUGUACCAGUGUACACCAGUCUAAUCAAGCACGGGGAGCUGGAGUACCUCCUUCUAAAUCGAAAAAGGGCCAGACACCUGGAGGUGCUCAGUUUGUUGGCUUGGAAUUGUACAAACGGCUAAAAGAAUUUCUGAAGAACUACUUGACUAAUCUCCUUAAGGAUGGUGAAGAUUUGAUGGAUGAGAGUGUGCUGAAAUUCUACACUCAACAGUGGGAAGAUUAUAGGUUUUCAAGCAAGGUAUUGAAUGGGAUAUGUGCCUACCUCAAUCGACAUUGGGUUCGUCGUGAGUGCGAUGAAGGUCGUAAAGGAAUAUAUGAAAUUUAUUCACUUGCCUUGGUGACCUGGCGAGACUGCUUAUUCAGGCCAUUAAAUAAGCAGGUAACAAAUGCAGUGUUGAAAUUGAUUGAAAAGGAAAGAAAUGGUGAAACUAUCAAUACAAGGCUGAUCAGUGGAGUUGUACAAUCCUAUGUGGAGCUGGGGCUGAAUGAAGAUGAUGCAUUUGCAAAAGGACCUACACUAACUGUCUAUAAAGAAUCCUUUGAAUCUCAGUUUCUUGCUGACACAGAGAGAUUUUAUACACGAGAAAGUACUGAAUUCUUGCAACAGAACCCCGUCACAGAGUACAUGAAGAAGGCCGAAGCUCGCCUUCUUGAGGAGCAGCGUAGAGUUCAGGUAUAUCUCCAUGAGAGCACACAAGAUGAGUUAGCACGAAAGUGUGAGCAAGUACUUAUCGAAAAACAUCUGGAGAUAUUUCAUACAGAGUUUCAGAAUUUGUUGGAUGCUGACAAAAAUGAAGACUUGGGUCGCAUGUAUAACCUUGUAUCUCGAAUCCAGGAUGGCCUUGGAGAGCUGAAAAAACUUUUGGAAACUCACAUUCAUAAUCAGGGUCUAGCUGCAAUUGAGAAAUGUGGAGAAGCUGCACUAAAUGAUCCAAAAAUGUAUGUACAGACAGUGUUGGAUGUCCAUAAGAAGUACAACGCUUUAGUCAUGUCUGCAUUCAACAAUGAUGCUGGCUUUGUGGCUGCACUAGACAAAGCUUGUGGUCGAUUCAUAAAUAAUAAUGCAGUAACAAAAAUGGCUCAAUCAUCCAGUAAAUCCCCAGAGCUACUGGCACGAUACUGUGACUCUUUACUAAAGAAAAGCUCAAAGAAUCCAGAAGAAGCCGAAUUGGAAGAUACACUCAAUCAAGUGAUGGUUGUCUUCAAGUACAUUGAGGAUAAAGAUGUGUUUCAAAAAUUCUAUGCUAAAAUGCUGGCAAAGAGACUUGUGCAUCAAAACAGUGCUAGUGAUGAUGCUGAGGCAAGCAUGAUCUCCAAACUAAAACAAGCUUGUGGUUUUGAGUAUACCUCCAAGCUGCAGCGGAUGUUCCAAGAUAUUGGUGUAAGCAAGGAUUUGAAUGAGCAAUUUAAAAAGCACCUGACCAAUUCAGAACCAUUAGAUUUGGAUUUCAGCAUCCAGGUGCUGAGUUCUGGAUCGUGGCCGUUCCAGCAGUCCUGCACGUUUGCUCUGCCAUCUGAGUUAGAACGGAGCUAUCAGAGAUUUACUGCAUUUUAUGCCAGUCGUCACAGUGGAAGAAAAUUAACAUGGUUGUAUCAGCUGUCCAAAGGGGAAUUGGUUACCAACUGUUUCAAAAAUAGAUACACAUUACAGGCAUCCACAUUCCAGAUGGCGAUUUUACUGCAGUACAACACAGAAGAUGCCUACACCGUGCAGCAGCUGACAGACAGUACUCAAAUAAAAAUGGAUAUCUUGGCACAAGUUCUACAGAUACUGUUGAAAUCAAAAUUGCUUGUUUUGGAAGAUGAAAAUGCAAAUGUUGAUGAAGUGGAGUUAAAACCAGAUACUUUAAUAAAACUGUAUCUUGGUUACAAAAACAAAAAAUUAAGAGUAAACAUCAAUGUGCCAAUGAAGACUGAACAGAAGCAGGAGCAAGAAACUACACACAAAAAUAUAGAGGAAGACAGGAAACUACUGAUUCAGGCUGCUAUUGUGAGAAUCAUGAAAAUGAGGAAGGUUCUAAAACACCAGCAACUGCUUGGAGAAGUGCUAACACAGCUGUCCUCAAGGUUCAAGCCACGAGUUCCUGUAAUUAAGAAAUGCAUCGACAUCCUCAUUGAGAAGGAGUACUUGGAACGUGUAGAUGGUGAGAAGGACACCUACAGUUACUUGGCUUAGCAUUUUUAUUAGCAAUUACCUGACUGUGACACUCGGCAAGUAGGUAUGUGAUGGAAAGAAUGAAAGCGACAGAACUUCAUAGCAGCCACCCUGCUGCCAUUUGGACCUCCCUUUUUAAUGACUGAGACCAGGACUCCAUCAGCCAGUCUCAGAUUUACAUCAGAACUGCUCAGGAUUGAUACAUUUCAAGUAUGUAAAUAUGGACACCAAUGCCAUUUAACCUAAUUUAAGAACAGAAAGGAAUCAGACCCUUCUCGUUUAAGGGUUGCAUGCUACUGCAUUUAAAUCAAUACAUUGGCUAUAUGAUAAACAGCUGCCAUCACAGGCAGCACUUAUACAUGUUGGCAGCACUUGGAGAGCGAGUCUGAAUGGACCCAUGUGUAAUCUGCUAUGAAAAACCAUUUGUAUAGUGUGUUUCAUUUUUUAAUGUGUGAUAAAUAAUAAAAAAAAUUUAAAAGA